GCGGAGAAAACUCCCGAAGCCAGGGAGGGGGCUUGGAAGCACCACAGACCACGCCGGGGACAUUAGGCUGGCGGCGCCGCCGAGCCCCGCCCCCCUCCGGAACUCCCGGGGUAGCGCCUGGGGCUCGGCGGCCUCCACAGCCCGCGAGCCCCCGGCCCGGACCAGCCGUGACCACCGGCCCCAGGCCCGCAGCCCAGCGUCCCGCCAGGCCCCAACCCCACCGGGCAGCCACGCCCGGGGCUCUCGGCCCGCCGCGCCGCGCUCUCGGCUCCCCCGCGCUCUCGAGUCGCGCGCUCCGGCCCCGCCCUCUGACGCCCCGGGGCGUGGCUUCCCCGUCACGUGACGGGGAGUGACCUCGCCGCCCGGCGCCAUGGGGGCCUCGGACCCGGAAGUGGCGCCUUGGGCUCGCGGCGGGGCCGCGGGGAUGGCGGGAGCCGGAGCUGGAGCCGGAGCUCGCGGCGGAGCGGCAGCGGGGGUCGAGGCCCGAGCUCGCGAUCCGCCGCCCGCGCACCGCGCACACCCGCGCCACCCUCGGCCCGCGGCGCAGCCCUCGGCCCGCAGGAUGGACAGCGCGAACGGGGGUCUGGGCUCCGGGGACAACGCCCCGACCACUGAGGCUCUCUUCGUGGCCCUGGGCGCGGGUGUGACGGCGCUCAGCCACCCGCUGCUCUACGUGAAGCUGCUCAUCCAGGUGGGUCAUGAGCCGAUGCCCCCCACCCUUGGGACCAACGUGCUGGGGAGGAAGGUCCUCUAUCUGCCAAGCUUCUUCACCUACGCCAAGUACAUUGUGCAAGUGGAUGGUAAGAUAGGGCUGUUCCGAGGCCUGAGCCCCCGGCUGAUGUCCAACGCGCUCUCCACCGUGACCCGGGGCAGUAUGAAGAAGGUUUUCCCUCCAGAUGAGAUUGAGCAGGUUUCCAACAAGGAUGACAUGAAGACUUCGCUGAGGAAAGUAGUGAAGGAGACGUCCUACGAGAUGAUGAUGCAGUGCGUGUCCCGCAUGCUGGCGCAUCCCCUGCACGUUAUCUCAAUGCGCUGCAUGGUCCAGUUUGUGGGACGGGAGGCCAAGUACAGUGGCGUGCUGAGCUCCAUUGGGAAGAUUUUCAAAGAGGAGGGGCUGCUGGGAUUCUUCGUCGGCUUAAUCCCUCACCUCCUGGGCGAUGUGGUAUUCUUGUGGGGCUGUAACCUGCUGGCCCACUUCAUCAAUGCCUACCUGGUGGAUGACAGCGUGAGUGACACCCCAGGGGGGCUGGGAAACGACCAGAAUCCAGGUUCCCAGUUCAGCCAGGCGCUGGCCAUCCGGAGCUACACCAAAUUUGUGAUGGGGAUUGCAGUGAGCAUGCUGACCUACCCCUUCCUGCUGGUCGGCGAUCUCAUGGCUGUGAACAACUGUGGGCUGCAGGCUGGGCUCCCCCCUUACUCCCCAGUGUUCAAAUCCUGGAUUCACUGCUGGAAGUACCUGAGUAUGCAGGGCCAGCUCUUCCGAGGCUCCAGCCUGCUUUUCCGCCGAGUGUCAUCAGGAUCGUGCUUUGCCCUGGAGUAACCUGAACCAUCUAAAAAAAACAUGCUGUCUCAACCUGGCCACUAUGGAUGAGGCCUGAUUUCCUUGGGCCACUGUAAGGCGACACCAACCCAGCAACACUAGAUGUGCCCCAGCACAGCUGGGCUUCCGUUUCCAUAUUUGCCGUGUAUCUGUCCAGAUGUGGGGUUGGGCUGGGUGGGGCUGUGCCUGGUGGAUUGGGUCAGCUGCCAGACCUGGGAAGGCGGGUGGGGUGGGGGAUGGGGGCAGAAUCCCUUUACUCCCAUGUUUGCGGAGUCUGCCUUGUGCAGGGGGUGAGCGAAUGGCUCGUGGAGGCCCAGGUCGAGGCCCAGGUCGGAUGGGGAAAGGCUGAUGGGUCAGGUCCCACCCCCCAACCCCUUGAGGCCGCCCCGCCCCCACCCUGCAGCUCAGCUGGGAGCGCCACUCUCCGCUUUGUAAAUAGGACGUGACCCCCUUCGCGAGGCCGCCAUCACGUCCAGGCCUGUGUGGGGAGGCUAACUCGAGGUUCUCCCUUCGUUUUUCUCAACACUAUGUUUCUGAUGUGAAGGCAGCACCUCUUCUCAGUGGGAAAUCAUGUGACUACUCAGAAUGUGUCCCCUCAUCUAAUGCUUCUGUGUUUCCUAAUGACGCAUCAUGUGCAGGACCGGUUCCCUGUGCAGCUGUGAACACCCAGAGGUUAGGCAGAUCAGUGUCUCUAGUCCUGCCCAGUUUAAAAGUUCAUGGUAAGAUUCAACCCUGUCUCCCUCUAAUAAAUGUCUUGGUGGUGAUUUGGA